AUGAAAAUAUUUAAAGGCAACUGGGAACGAGGAAACUGGCCAACCAACCGUGCAGUCAAAUCGGACAAGAGGCAGGGGAAAUCACUGUCGGAUAGUUGUGUAUUAAAUACAGGUAUACGCAAAUAUCUAAUGCCAACUGGGAACUGGGAAACUGGCCAACCACAUAUGCAGUCAUAUCGAGCAGGUGGCUGGGGAAGUUAUGGUCGGUCAACUAACUAUGUACUAAGCACAGGUACACAAAAAUAUUUAAAGGCAAAUGGGAGCGGGGAGACUGGCUAA